AAAAAGUAAAAGAUUUAUACUCUAUGGUACAUAUAACUGUCCAGCUGCGGCGCGGAAGAAAUUAUUUGUAAAACCCAUAAUUUCCUGAAAAUGAAGAGUUUUUAAAGGUGUUGAUCAAAACAUAUAAUUAAAUACAAUGAGUACACCUUAUAUUGCUGGUUUAACCAGCAAAAACAUAUUUUUAAUAGACUUCAAAGAGCCAUAUGAUGAGAAAAAUCUCAGAGAUGAGACGACUACGAAUAUACGUAGCAUUAUAUUUAGUCCAAAAGGUACCUAUUUGGCAUACAGGACAGAUAAGAAAGUGGAUAUACUGCGAUGUUCCGACUGGUCUGUAACAGCAACCAUAAAUGGAAAUAUCAAGGAAAUGUUCUUUUCACCACUGGACAGCUAUUUUACUGUCUGGGAAAUGUUUUUGAUGACAAAAGAAAACCCUCAGGGUAAGCCUAACCUCCAUGUAUAUAAAUCAGCUGAUGGCCAGCUAGUAGGAAGUUUUACACAAAAGAAUCAAACCGGAUGGGAGCCAAAAUGGACAUCAGAUGAGAAGCUGUUGGCCCUACAUUUGAACAACAGGGUGCUGAUCUAUGAAAACGGAGAGCUCGAUAGAUAUACGCAACAAAUAACAGCAGAUAAACUAAAGUCAUUCAGUGUGUCACCCAGCCCUGCUCCAACAUAUUAUUUUGCUUUAUUUACUUUAGGUAAAGCCGGACAGCCGUCAUUCUGGCGCGUGUAUAAGUACCCAGACUUUAAGGAUGAGUCUCAGGCCGUAGUCAGCCGCUCGUCUUUUCAGGCAGAUAAGGCCACCUUCUACUGGAACCGACGCGGCACUAAUGUGUUCGCGAUGACGCAAACUGAUGUGGACAAAACUGGUGGCUCUUACUAUGGAAAGCAAUCACUCUCUUAUGGUGAUGUGAAAGGCAACUCAGAGAAUGUGACAUUCAGUAAGGAAGGCCCCAUCCACGCCAUCUCGUGGAACCCGGGCAACUCGAACGAGUGGGUGGCGGUGUACGGCCACGCGCCCGCCAAGGCCACGCUGUUCAACGCCAAGUGCGAACCCCUGUUCGAGUUCGGAACUGGCGCCUGGAACUCCAUAUACUUCCCGCCUGAAGGAAACCGUAUGUUGCUUGGUGGUUUCGGCAAUAUAGCUUCGGGGCACAUCGAGGUUUGGGAGCUCCGCGGAUACAAGAAAGUGGGGUCUUGUGCCGCCCCAGACACGACCAGUCUCAUGUGGGACCCGCGAGCUGAGACUUUCCUCACUGCCACUACGUACCCCAGGCUCACUGUUGGCAAUGGGUACAAGAUCUGGCACUACACAUGCGCUCUGAUGCACAAGCGCGUCUGUGCGGAGAAGGAGAACCUUCUAGCAAUUAGUUGGCAGCCCGGCAACUUCCUCAAGAGCGAGUUGUCGCGAACCGUGCCCAAAGGCAUUGAGGACUCCACGCCGAAGCCGGCGGCGGCUUACAGGCCUCCCGGGGCCAAGAACAGGCCUUCAACCUUCACGUUACAUGAACAGGAGAAGCCGCAUAAGCCUGGAGAAACUCCUAGUGCGGCGCCUUCAAAGCAGGCUAUCAAGCAGAAGGAAAAGCGCGAAGCCCGCAAGGCGCGCAAGGCUGAGGAGAAGGCACGUGGCGACGCCUCGCCCCCGCCGCCCGCCGCCGCCACGCCCCGCGCACCCUUCGUGUCCACUGGGGACCCGGAGAAGGACAAGAAGAUCAAAAACCUCAAUAAGAAACUGAGCGACAUUGACAAGCUGAAGCAACAGAAAGCUGCGGGCAAGCAGUUGGAACUCAACCAGCUCGCUAAGAUUGACCAAGAGGCCGCGUUGUUGCAGGAACUAGCUCAACUUAAGUUAUGAUCGGCCACGCCACGCAAAUAAGCUCACCCUAGAAUUAAGGACAGCUUUAUUCGUCAAGCACUCACGGGAACAGACAAAAUAUUUGACAAAUAUUUUUCUUCGAAUUAUUUAUAUCAUUAUUUAUUCCUCUACUGUCUGUCCCGUGAGAAUGCGUCAUAUUCUUUUUCAUUUAAUGAAGAGAAUUAAAACUUAUGAAAGCGUGAAAUAUUAAUAAGAUUGAAAGUAACGAUUCAUGAUUAUAAUUAUAAAUAUGUGUUUUGUUUAAUAUUUUUGUAUCGAAGUGUGUCGCUAACGUAAAAUCGUUCGCAUAAUAUAAGGUUGAGAUUGUGUCUAUUUACUUACGUAUGAAACCGGCCUGCAACGAGCUGGCGAAUAGAUCGCCAAUUAUUACUUGUUCGAUUGUUCGCGAGUGCAGUCAUACUUACAAAUGCUAUAUUUUUUCACAUAAAUCUGUUAUUACUAAGAGAAGGAUUAAAUACGUUGUUUAUUUGUAAUAUCAUAAAUUUAAUUUAUCGUAAGUGUACUAAAUCGCUGACUCUCUUUUGUAAUUAUUACAUGAAGUGAUUGUUGAUUUGUUAUACGUAUAAUGAACAUUCGUUUUGAAUAAAAACAUCAAUACAAAUCUGGUUACUAUAUUUGUAA